GCCCAAGCCCCUAGCCCAAGUUCAAUAUAACGACAAAACCCAGAGGAUCUUCUGCUUCUUCUUCUUCUUCUUGUUUCAACUGCCUUACCUUAGAUUCGGUUUGAACGAAGAACCAGAGAUCCCAAUGGCUCUCCUCCAUUAUUGCUCUUGUUCAGCUCCCCCUUCACCACCACCCCCUCUUCUUCAGUUCAAAAAAUUGACCUCCAAUUCCCUCUUUUUUACGGUCCCUGCCCUCCGCCGCCGUUUUGGGCAGAACCGCCGCCUGUCUCCGACGCUGAACGCUAGUCUCGCCGUCGAGUCUCCUUCCACUUCAGGUGAAGACCGCGGCGGCGACUCUCCGAAGCUCCUCCUGGAGGUUAAUUCUCUCUCCGCCGUGAUUGCUGAAUCUAAGCAACCGAUUCUCAAGGGUGUAGACCUAGUCAUCUAUGAAGGAGAGGUACAUGCAAUCAUGGGGAAGAACGGUUCUGGGAAGAGCACUUUUGCAAAGGUCCUUGUUGGUCAUCCGGAUUAUGAAGUUACGGGGGGCAGUGUUGUUUUUAAAGGUGAGAAUGUGCUUGAAAUGGAUCCAGAGGAAAGGUCUCUUGCUGGAAUUUUUAUGAGUUUCCAGUCUCCAGUUGAGAUCCCUGGUGUGAGCAAUAUUGACUUCCUGAAUAUGGCUUACAAUGCUCGAAGAAGAAAACUUGGUCUGCCAGAGCUUGGACCAAUUGAGUUCUAUGGCUUCAUCUCUCCCAAGCUUAAUCUUGUAAAUAUGAAAGUAGAUUUCUUAAAUAGAAAUGUUAACGAAGGAUUUAGCGGUGGUGAAAGGAAACGCAAUGAGAUUUUACAACUUGCGGUUCUAGGUGCUGAAUUGGCUAUGUUAGAUGAAAUUGAUUCUGGGCUAGAUGUUGAUGCACUUCAAGAUGUAGCUAAAGCAGUCAAUGGGCUUUUGACUCCCAAGAAUUCUGUCUUGAUGAUCACUCACUAUCAUCGCCUUUUGGAAUUCAUUAAGCCCAAUUAUGUUCAUAUUAUGGAGAAUGGAAGAAUUGUGGAAACAGGAGAUGUGUCGGUAGCAAAACGUGUUGAGAAAGAAGGAUAUAAAGCAAUGUCUACCACAUAAAACUGCAGGACAGGUCAUAAAUCAACAAUUGAUUCAAUGAACAAUGGAGGCAAGACAUUUAAACCCCAGUUCUGAGUUGCUUGUGUUUUAAUAUAAGUUUUUUUGAUAAUCAAAUAAGCCCACGUUAAGGAAAGAUGAAUCCAUUUGGCUUUGACAAGGAAACCCUGGAAUUGUAUAAUGUCCUCACUGCUUAUCCAGUUUUGGCCUAACAAGGAAGUACUUGCACACCUUCAAUGUUAUGGUCAUAUAAUUUUGUUUUGGCAAGUAACAUUUGUUAUGAGAAGACUAUUGGUAUUAUUGUUCAUCAAAUAAUGUGGAUAAGACUUCAUCUAGUUGUGAUA